AUGCCCGUGCUUGGAUACUCGGUUUCCCUGCGCGUUAUCGGCUCUGUUAUGGCAGCUGCGAUCCUCGUCAUCGCUCGUCGAUAUUUACGUAAGCGACGUGCAAACCCUGCUGGGCUCCCGCUGCCCCCGGGUCCACCGCGUCUGCCGCUCGUGGGCACGCUCGGGAUCAACAUUGGUGCGCCAUGGUUGACCUAUGCGGAGUGGGGAAAGACGUUUGGUGACUUGAUCUACCUCGAAAUCCUUGGCAUGCGCCUCCUCGUCAUCAACUCGGACGCGAUCGCGAAAGAGCUACUCGAUAAGCGCGCGGCGACGUAUUCGGACCGGCCGCAGGUGCCGAUGGUUACGCUAAUGGGUUGGGAAUUCAAUGUUGGCUUCUACAACUACAAUGAUCACUGGCGGAAGCAUCGGCGCGCCAUGCACAAUGUUCUCAAACCCGACUCAAUCAGGUCGUAUAGGCACCUCCAGACGGCCAAGGUACAUGUACUUUUGCGCAACCUACUUUGCGCACCUGAGCGCAUGGAAGCGCACCUGCGGACAUUCACAGCGUCGACGAUCAUGAUUGUUCUGUAUGGAUACGAGAUCGCACCUCAAGGUGACCGAUUCGCGGAGAUCGCGGAUACGGCGAGCGAGAUGCUUACAAACUCGUUCUUCCCUGGAGCGGCGCUCGUUAAUGCCUUACCCUUCUUGCGGCAUCUCCCAUCGUGGUUCCCUGGUGCGGGGUUCAAGCGAUAUGCGAACAUCUGCAGAGCAAUGACGCGAGAGAUGCGUGAUGCGCCUUACGACUUCGUGAAGAAGAACUCGGCUGACGGUACAGGACAGCACUGCAUCGUACAAGAGAUGAUUGAGAACGGGGAGGAGGUAGACGUCAUCAAGUCUGUCGCAGGGACGAGCUAUGCAGCCGCCGUCGAAACGUCGUCGUCGGCUAUGUCAGCAUUCAUGAUGGCUAUGGUCCUCUUUCCUGAAGUACAGGCAAAAGCACAGGCGGAGCUGGACUGCGUUACGGGCGGUGAACGCCUACCCACAUGGGAAGACCGCGAGUCACUCGUGUAUAUUGAGGCACUUUAUCGGGAGGUGUUGCGAUGGUGUCAGGUCACUCCGCUCGGGGUGCCGCAUUUAACCAAGGAAGAUGACGUGUAUGAUGGGUACUUUAUCCCAAAAGAUACCUUCGUUUUUACGAACAUCUGGGCCAUGACUCAUGAUCCACGAGUGUACCCUGAACCUAUGCGCUUCAUGCCGGAGCGCUUCCUCACGCAAGACGGGAAAGCACUCACGGAUGAUACCGCACAGCAGCAGUUUGGCUAUGGACGCCGGAUCUGCGUCGGGAAGUUCCUCGCAGAAGCGGCCAUCUGGAUUACAAUCGUGAAUGUACUUGCGUGCUUCAAGCUUGCCAAGGCCAAGGACGAGAAGGGUAAAGAUAUUGACUUUGAGCCGGAGUGGACGCCUGGGGUUAUCAUACAUCCGAAGGAGUAUCCGUUCCAUGUCGCACCAAGGUCCCCGCAUGCUGCGGAACUCGUUCAGAUGACAGAGGGAUAA